UGAAACAGUGCUGACAUACUAUAUGGUCUACCGCAAUUACCCCUACGACGGCAUCCUCGGGGACUGUUACAGGGUGAAACAAAUCUGCCGCAUCAAGGCUAACUCUGUGAAGUUUCAACUAGCGUACAUCUUAAAUGGCUCUGUUAUCGUGGAGGACAAAACCUUUGGUGUUGCGUCAUCACCGUGUUACACUGUCAAGAACAACGUUCUAUUUCCACUUGGUAAAGACUCCAGCCCCGAUUACGUGUCUUACAGGCUCUUGUUCAUCACUUGCGGGAAAUGUGCUGUGGUUCAAGCUCCUCAGCUGAACGGCACUGGAUGUUUCUUGAUGGUAAACAACUUGGAAGCCCCCGUGGACCCCUGUUGCGAGUUCGUCUACGACCUCCUCUGUGGACCCAAGAAGAUAUCAACGUAUGACCCCGCCCGCUGUGCCUUGGUUCCUAAUGGCAGAUAGAAUGCAAGCAUGUACAGAAUGAAACAAGCGUUGAUUACAAGUUAAAUCCAUUAAAAGUUGCAGAUUGUGUCAGACGUAAUGGUAAAUCAGCGAGGCACUCAACGAUACCACGAACUGAGAGAUUAAACUUCUUGUAUCGAAUGAUAAUCUUAGU